GAAGCAAGCAGGAGGAAUUAAUCCAGGAGAAAAUACUUGACAUACUAUUGUAAAGAUGGAGUUUGAGGAAGAACCCUGCAGAAUAAAAGAUGAAGAUACAGAGGAACAAACAGACCCAGUGGAAGUGAAUGAAGACACACAGCAAAAACCUCAUCGUUUUACAAAUGAAGAUGGGAACAGAAAGAAUUUUACACAAAAACGAGCUCGAAAAACUGGAGUCAAAGAAUCUUUCACCUGCCCUGUGUGUGGAAAGAGUUGCAGAUAUAAAUCGGAGCUUAAGACACACUUGAGGAUUCACACUGGAGAGAAGCCUUAUACAUGCACUGAGUGUGGAAAGAGUUUUGUUGAGAAAGGAGACCUAAACAUGCACAUGAGAAUUCACACUGGAGAAAAACCGUUCACAUGCACUCAAUGUGGAAAGGGAUUCAGUCAGAAAAGAAAUCUCCGAGAUCAUCUGCGCCGUCACUCUGGAGUGAGAUCAUUCAGCUGUGAUCAGUGUGAUAAAACAUUUGUUGUGGAAUCAAACUUAAGACAACACCUUACAAUUCAUGCAGAUGUGAAGCCUCACGUCUGUUCUUUAUGUGGAAAGAGUUUUUCACAACUUAAGUCUUUAAAAGAGCAUGAGAGUAUUCAUACUGGUGUGAGACCUCAUGUGUGCUCUCACUGUUGCAAGACCUUCACUUCAUCCAGCGACUUAAAAAGACACCAGAGAGUUCAUACUGGAGAGAAACCGUUCCAGUGCUCUUCGUGUGGGAAGAGUUACACCCAAUCAUCUAGUCUACAGAAACAUAAGAAGUGUUGCCCGAAUGUACAUUGAAUGUAAAAUUUGUUACAAGAAUAAAGGGGAAAAAACGUGUACUUUUUGAGUGGCAUGAGAAAAAUGUUUUCAUGGAAAGUGAUGAAAACAGUUU